UAUCAAGGACCAAGCCUCGUUGGGUUUAAAAUGUGGUAACUUACUCGUUUUGGUAAUAUUUUUGUUUUUGUUGAAGAGUUAUUGAGAUAUGGUUGUAAAAUGAAAACACUUUAACAAGAAUACACAGGAAAACAAUAUUGGAAAAAUAACAGCUUGAAAAACAACACCACUUCUAAAUACUCCAUCUAAGAAAGUUAAAACAACUGGAUUUUCCGGUUUCUGCUUGUGUCCAAAUGUUGCCAGAAACGCAUCAAAACCAAAUUCAGUUUUCCCCGGGCUAAGGCAAUAUUUUCUUGGGAGAUGAGCAAAACCAGGAUAUUAGUUCAGAUAUUUCCGCUGGGGUCGAGGGAGAAAGAUCGCAGAAUUCAAAUAGAAAUAGAUGUAUGUCACCUAUAAGCACGGGACCAGUGACUGUUACCAUACGAAACCUUAACCAGUACACCGGACAGAAAUCAGAAUCAUUUCACUACUGACUUUCCUCAAAACAACCCGAAGCAGCAGUUACGAAGAUGUCUUUUUUGUGACUUCAUCUACUCCAGCAGUUUAAUUAACAGCAUAGACUUUUGAAGACUGUAAAAUAAUUUCCCCCAACGUGUUGUUGUUGUUUACAUCGCGCAUCAUUCCUGACACAAUGUUCAACGCCUGUUUGAAAAUGAUGAAGGCAUGAUACAACCAAUCCAAAGCUCAACACUUGCCCAAGAUCGCCGUAGUUGGAAGAAGCUUGUAGUCGCCUGCUCCACAGAUGAAGCAUAAUAAGGAGCACCAUUGAGUAACUUGAAGAAAGUUACAAUGUUUCUCAUUUUCCUUCUUAUUGUGUCAGUGUGUGGAUCUCGCAGUUUCUUCAAGGACAACCCAUCAGACACCGUCGCCAUACUAGGACAAACUAUUACAUUAAACUGCACUCUCGAGAAUAAAGACUUCAUCUCAAUUAAUAGCUACAACCUCGUAUGGAUCUAUAGCAAUGUUGAAGCAUUUAACUCAGUUGACUUGGUGAUAAGAGAUGGACACGACAUGUACACCGUAUCAUCUAGCGAUCUUACAUGGUUUCUGCAUAUUGCAAACAGUCAAACAAAACACAGUGGAUACUACAGCUGCUACGUCUACAAAGUUAACACAAACCAACCCUGCUCAGAGCUCUCCAACUCGGCCAAAGUUACCAUUGUUUCAUCAUUUAAUACGUCCGUUACACCAGACCAUCAGCAAAAGACAGUAGGACAAUCGGUUACUUUUACCUGCGGAACAAACCCAGUACCUAUAUCCAAUAUGACAUUCUUUUGGUUUAGAUAUAUAAAUGAAUCAUGGAACAGCCUACCUAGUGAAAGGUGUAACUUAUCUGCAACUGGAAAUGCGGUCACCAUUUCGGAGUUAAAUCAAAGUGACAAUGGAACAUAUUACGCGUGUAAAGUGUACAGGAAUAAGUCAUAUUUCACAACGUACAGUAAAGGAGGUUAUUUGAUCGUUAACGCACAACCAGAUGCCGUCAUUAAACCCAACACAUCUCAAGAAACUCAAAGCUCAACCACAGUAGAUAAACAUCCACCAAGAGACAAUUUUGAACCAAUCUCUCCACAACCGAACGACUCCAUAGAAACUGGUUUUACACCAUCUCCCCAAUCGGCCACGUUGAAUACACAAACAUAUCUUGAUGACGUCACAGAGUCAACCCCAUCUCAAGAAACUCAAAGCUCAACCACAGUAGAUAAAUAUUCACCAAGAGACAAUUUUGAACCAAUCUCUCCACAACCGAACGAUUCCAUAGAAACUGGUUCUACACAAUCUCCCAAAUCCGUCACGGAUAAUACGAAUGUAGAUCUUGAUGACGUCACAGAACCCACCCCAUCUCAAGAAACUAAAGUUUCAUCCACAGUAGAUAAAUAUUCACCAAGAGACAAUCAUGACCCGAUCUCCCCACAACCAAACGACUCCAUUGGAACUGUUUCUACACCAUUUCUUCUAUCGGUCACAGUGAAUAACGAUUUAGAUUCUGAUGACGUCACAGAAUCCAAUGAUUCAGAUUUAGAUCUUAGUUUCAGCACACCUUCCCUUGAUUCAGAAUUAGAUUUUGAUGACGUCAUACCUAACGAUGAUUCUAAUGGUUCUGUAAUCAUCCCAAUCAUGGCAGCUUUAAUUACUGUCGUCAUUCUUCUUAUCAUCUCUUCCCUCUGCUUCUUUAUGUUUGGAGGGAAAACUAAAUCAAAGUCUAAGACUAGCAAGGAAACUCGUAGACAACCAAAUCGCGAAGCAGAAGACAAUAUUAGAGAAGAAGAAACAGAACUUCACGGUCAGAUAUCCCCUUCCGGAGAUAACUUGACCCUAGGCUCAGAGGAAGGGUCACCUGAGACCACAGUGGAAGCAGUUAUCAUAGAAGUAACAUCAGAUUUAGACCAACAGAGUGAACAGACAGAGGCAAGUCAUGACCAGGACAUCGUGGACAAACUACAGUCAACUAGAACCGGUGGAUCAGUCAAGGAUGGGGAGAAACGUAUAGAUAAACAGAUUCAACCCGAGUCAAUGUAUGCUGUGGUGGAUAAAAGUCACGCCAAAAGCAAGACAUUUGGCGCCAUUUCCAGUGAAAGUUCGUCACUACAUGAUCAGGACAAACCUCUGUCCACUGAUGAAACUGCUGGACCAGUCAACGAUGUGGAGAAACGUAAAGAUAAACAGAUUCAUCUUGAGUCCAUGUAUGCUGUGGUGGAUAAAGGUCGCGUCAGAGGUAAGACAAUGGGCUCUAUUGUCAGUGUGGAAGCUUCUUUAAACAUUUCCGGAGUUUGGGAGAGGGAAUCGAAGAUGAAUACCGGGAUUGACAAACAGAAGUUGACCGUCACUUCUGAGGAUUUGCCGGUAUCAGGCGCGUCGCGUCUGAGCGUCAGAAACCAACCGUCGCCGUGAAUGCUUUGCCGGUACCAGAACGCUUCGCGUCCGGUCAGAAACCCCCUCGCGUCAUUCCGUACCAUCUCUCCAAACGCCGAGCCAGCACCAUGAUCCACCAAGCCUAGGCCGGGCUAGAGCAGACGGCAGACCGUGGCGAGGACGGUCUCGUCAAGGAUGACCCAAGACAGAGGAUUGUGGAAGGUCUGAUCUACGCUGACUUGAAUCUAUCGCAAGGAUCGGCAAGAAUCAUCAACACGGAGGAGGAGACGGUUUAUAAUGACAUUGGACACAAGAACUAGACUGUGGGGUAAGCUGGGGGGGGGGUACAGGCCACGCCCACACCGACAACUAAACCGUGAAAUUGUGUCGAUACAAGAUUUGAAUUAUUUGGGAUUAACCAAUAUUAAGAAAGAAAAAAAAACACGUUAAAACAAAAUUCCCUAAAAAACAAACCCAAAAAUGCCAGCAAGAAACACACAGAAAAGUACAGACACAACCAGAAACAGAAAGGAAACGAACAACAAACCCAAGCAAACAACACCACCAAACAUGUUUUGCUCAUUUCAAGACUAUUUGUUCAGUGCUUUUUUAAAGUUUAUCAUCGUCUUACUUGCAGGCUGCAUGGGGUUCAUUAUUUGUACCAUUACAAACCAUAUUGUUACAAAACAACCAAAGGAUCCCUGUAAAUAAAAUACAAAAAUUCUUAAUGUUUUUAUUAUCGUGACGAGUGUUGUAAACGCACCGUAAACAGAUUUCCAGAUCAUUGGAAGUACAUGUGAACCCGGAAAUAGUAAAUAAUAUUAAGUAAAGACACUUUUUCAGAAAAGUAUCUUGAAUAGACAUUAUUUAUUCAGAACAUAAAUCACAGAAUGUAUAUAAUUAUGAAUAAUGUUGAAUCAGGAAGUGCAUGUGAUAAAAUAACAAUAAUUGCAAAAAUAACCAAGACGAUUUGUUGUUUUAUUUAUGUCAGUCUGACAUACUUUUGUACUGAGUAAUGUGUUAUGUGUAACUGUUCAAGAUGUUCGGACGUGUAUGUAGAAAGUUCUAUUAAUCUUAUCACAGAAUGUUUUCAAGAUUCUUACGAAAAUGGUAGACCAGAGAGGGGAAAAGAAAAUGUAUCCUUUAAAUACAUUUGUAUUUCUACACAGUUAUAUCAAACGCAAAACUCAAAACAAAUAUUUUAGUACAAAAUUAAAUUAGUUAUAUUUACGAAAUGGUUAUGUAAGUUUAUCAAAUUGGAAGAAUGGAUGCAGCUUUUGGUCUAAACCGGACUAACCGGUCUAAACCGGAUUUUCACAAUGACGUGGUAGUUUUAUUACACACAGUUAUAUCAAACGCAAAACUAAAAACAAAAAUUUUAAAACUUAGUACAAAGUUGCAUUUAUUCAGUCACCUUUAUCACCUGAUAAAACAUAAUCAAAAAAGCCCUCAAAUUAUAAGGAAUUUAACUUCAACGUUAUUAAAUAAGUUAUAUUUAUGAAAUGGUUAUGUAAAUUUAUCAAUUCGGAAGAAUGGAUGCAGCUUUUGGUAAAAUGUAAAAAUUUUUUAAUAGGGUUUUAAUUUGAAUCGAGUAGCAGAACUUAAUUAUAUCGGUAUUUAAUCAGUAAACUCAGAAGGGAUUAUUUUGUAAUUAGCAGUUCAAAACCGCCCGCAUAUACUUGAAAUUAAUGGGUGGAAAGUGUGUCACGUGUCAUCCUUUUUGCCACCUACAAUGCUGUGACACUGUCAGAGUAAAGCAAUUAUUGAAUAGGAUAAACAUUUUGUUUUUGUAUUGUCACAGAACACAUAAGUCCGAAUAAUACUUCCUGUGAAUGCGAAUGAGAUGAACAUUUGACGUCUGCUUUCGCAGGAGUUGCCCCCUCUUAAUACUUCCGAAAUGGAAAUUGUAAUUGGCAAAUAUCAUAGUCUUUACGCAGAACGUUGUAACUUGCCCUUCUUUUUGUAAGCAGACAAAUAAAUAAAUAACAAUAAUACAAAAAUGCUCGAAUUUGUUUGAGUUUUAUCUGCGUAUAA